AUGGGUAGUCGUUAUGUAGACAAUGCUUCGGAGUUCGAAAGCAUCAAUCGAAACCCAAUAUUCGAGUAUGAAGAUUUACCACUCCAGUCUAUAGAAGAAACAUUACAAUGUAUUAUAUCUGACAUUCCUUGCAUCAUGGAUUACGUCAAAACAGCUAAGAAUAAAUGCAAUCGUGCUUCAAACAUACUAACACUCGAUGAAUCCGCAGCCAUCUAUCUCUAUUCAAUGUCAUCACCAGUUUAUAAUCAGCUCAACAGUACUCUUCGAGCUCACGAUCGUACGACAUCAAAACCAUGGUUUCCUUUCCUAAAACUCCUCACAACGGCUCUCAAAAGAUUACCUUCAAUCGAGACUACUGUUUGGCGAGGAGUCAGUUAUGAUGAUACUUUGACAUUCGUUGAAAAUGAUGUACAAUAUUGGUGGAGUGUAAACUCAUGUUCUAAGGCGCCUAGUAUUGUCAAACCAUUCUUGGGAGAAAAGGGUACAAUAUUUGCUAUUGAUGUCAUCAAUGGCAAAGACAUUUCAACGUUUGCCGCAAAUUGUGAAGAACUAGAAGUUAUUCUUAUGCCCGGAUCUCGUGUACGCCGCAAAAAUGAAUCACUUAUUCUGUCCGAUCAUAUCCUUCUUCACUUGGAAGAAAUAAGUUCCGACAAUGACACACAAUUAGGAUCGAACUAUUUGUUUGAUAUGGUGAAGCAAAAUUAUCUGUGCAACAGUCGCAUCGAACGUUUGAUAAAUCCGACCAAAUCGUUUCCGAUCCAACAAAGUUACAUAAAUUUAUCAGUAGUUACUUCUCAAGAACAACACAAACGAGAACAAAAAUUGCGCGGCGCUGCAUACAGCGACCACAUGUUAAGUUCUUAUGAAGAAAUCUAUGGUACGAAGAGUCCAAUAGAUAUCCAAAAUAUUUUUCAAUCUUGUGAGAAAGACAUGAAUCAAGUUCUUGUAUUUGGUCGAGCGGGAAUCGGAAAAUCAACAUUCUGCCGUUACGUCACUUAUCAAUGGGCAAAAGGUGCAUAUUGGCCACAGUAUGACUUACUUGCUCUGAUUCCAUUACGUCGUUUGACCGCCAAUCGUUAUCCUCCAAUGACAUCUGGUCAGAAUUAUUCUCUUAUUGACGUGUUGAAAAAAGAAGUAUUGUAA